UUAUAUGCGGACCAAGGAGGCGGCGCCACCUGUGCUCUGCCGCAGCGCAGCGUAGCGCCGGCCAUCUAUCCCGCCCGCCCGCCGCUCGUCUGAAAACCACGGUCUCCGCACGCCGGUUUCGCGCUUUCUUGCAGCCUAUAAAUCGGGCCGGAGCACCCAGCUCUGCCGCAUCUCAUCUCUCACACACACCGCUACUCAUCUUGCCUCCAACUUCCCUACUACUCUUCCUCCUGCUGCCGCUUGCUACUAGUUCACUUUCUUCACUAGCUAGCUACAAGUUCACUUCCUUCGUCACCAAGCUCUCUCCGGCGAAGAUGUCGACGGUGACCCGCGCCUACCUCGAUCAGAGGCUCGCCGCCGCCAACCGCUGCUCCAAAGAGGCUGCCAUGGCCGGAGCCAAGGCCGCGGCCGUCGCCUCCGUCGCGGCCGCAGUGCCCACCCUGGCGAGCGUGAGGAUGCUUCCGUGGGCGAGGGCGCACCUGAACCCAACCGGGCAGGCCCUCAUCAUCUCCACCGUCGCCGGGAUGGCCUACUUCAUCGUGGCCGAUAAGACCAUCCUCUCCAUGGCAAGGAAGCACUCCUUCGAGGACGCGCCGGACCACCUCAAGAACACCUCCUUCAACUAAUCAGCCUAUAAUAGAUCUAUUAGUAGUACUGUAAUGUUCAGGCAGCACUUAUGUGAUAUCAGGCGAGGCUUGCAGACAGGCAGUGGUGUAGUACCGCGCUUCUCUGCGCGCAAGAACUUAUCUGAUGAAGUGAUCUUGAAUUAAUAAUGACUAGCAUUUGUACAA